CCCGGCCGCGCCGACGGCUCUUUGUGCGCCGGGGCCGCGCUCCGCUUCGGCUCGCUUCGGCUCCCUUCGGCCCGCUUCGGCUCGCUUCGGUCCGGCCCGGCUGCAGCCGGGGGGCGCCCCCGGCCCCGGGGUCCACCAUGCCCGUCAAGAGCAGGUACAACCUGGUGGACGACGCCUGCGACUCCCGGGUCCCGCUGCACAACGAGGAAGCCUUCCAGCACGGCAUCCACUUCCAGGCCAAGUACAUCGGUAGUCUGGAUGUGCCGAGGCCCAACAGUCGAGUGGAGAUUGUGGCAGCGAUGAGGAGGAUUCGGUAUGAAUUCAAGGCGAAGAACAUCAAGAAGAGGAAUGUGAGCAUUGUGGUGUCAGUAGAUGGAGUGAAGGUGAUCCUGAGGAAAAAGCCAAAGCGGAAAGAAUGGGGCUGGGAUGAAAGCAAGAUGCUGGUGAUGCAUGACCCCGUAUACAGAAUCUUCUAUGUGUCCCAUGACUCCCAGGACCUCAAGAUCUUCAGCUACAUCGCAAGGGAUGGGGCCAACGACGCCUUCCGGUGUAAUGUCUUCAAAUCCAAGAAGAAGAGCCAAGCCAUGAGAGCGGUGCGGACGGUGGGCCAGGCCUUCGAGGUAUGCCACAAGCUGAGCCUGCAGCACGCGCUCCAGAAUGCUGACGGGCAGGCCGACGGGGCCAGCGACAAGUCGGCGGAGGAGCCUCAGUCUGAAGUAGGACAUCGCCGGAAAGCAGGGAAGCUGGACCCCACCGAGGAGGCGGAAGGGGACUCGGUCAGCAUGUGCCCAGUGGAGCGGAGCCUCCUCGCCCGGCUGGCAGCCCUGACAGAGUCGGGUGUCUCUUCGGCAUCAGUGCCCGCUGGGAGCGAUCGACGUGGGCAGGAUGUUGAAAACAGCUCCAUGUGCCCCUCUGGGUCCCAGCAGCUGCUGACUCCCACCAGUCCCUGCUCCUCCUCCUCUUCUUCCUGCCUGCUGUCCCCUUUGCUGUCCCGACAUUGCCUACAGCUCCUCCAACACCAGCUCCUCCAGCAGCAGCAGCAGACCCAAGUCGCGGUGGCCCAGGUGCAACUCUUAAAGGACCAACUGGCUGCCGAGACAGCCGCCCGCAUGGAGGCCCAGUCCAGGGUCCGGCAGCUGCUCCUGACUAACCAGGACCUCCUGCAGCACGUGACCCUGCUGGUGAAGCAGCUGAAGGAGCUGGAGGUCCGAGUGCAGCACCCACUCAGUGUCUCCCGCUCACUACAGAGCCUGGGCCCGAGUUUGACCCGCAACCUGAAGAACCAGUUCAGCCUGGAAGCCGGCCUAUCCUGCUCUCCGCCCCUCUCCCACGGCCUCGCCAGCCCCCUUGGGUCCCAGCCUCUGACCAGCCCCGGAGCACCCUACCCGAACCGUGCGAGCUGGGGCGUCCGGAACAGAGACGAGGGGCACCCUGGCCUCAGCCGCAGAGUGGAGGGCUCAGAAGAGAGCCACCCUUCAGAGGCUGGACUCCGGAGCGGUGGCCGCUCACGCCUCAGCGCCGAACAGGACAGGGCCCCGUUGCUUCCCAUCCCCAAGCUGAACCCCCCGCCGCCCACCCGGAAGAAGCGGUCUUCCAAGGCCUCGACCAGCCCGGAGCCGGAACCGCUCUUCAGCCCCCUCCACCUGGCCCUGCCUGGACCUGACCCCGGGGGCCCCGGCAGCCGGCCCCCAAGCCGCCAGCAGGAGCACCUGGACCAACGGCGGAGCCCAGUGUGGGCCGGCCCUACCCACGGUGGCGCCCCGGGCUCAGAAAGCGAUGACGAGUCGGAGGCCCUGUGGAGCCCAAGGGAGGAGGCCACCCCUGGGUGUGGCUGGCUGGACCGCACGCUCCCACCCAUCCUGGCUGCAGCAGACGACACCAGUCUUCACAUCAGCUUCUCUGAGGAUGAGCUGGACUCUGAGGACACGAGCCAGGGACAAGAGAAGGACUAGUCUAGCUGGUCCAUAAUGCCCCCGUAGGUAGAGUUUCUUACCAGGGCCUUAGGUGCAGCAGCCCUCCCAAACCCCUGGCCUAGCUGCUGGACCCCCUGCCUGGGGACAACAGGAUGAUGGGAGUCCCGAGGAAGCUGCUGGGUGGACCUGAGACUCACUGAUUUGUCACCCUAAAGCCGCAGUACCAGCCCAGCUUAAGAUACGGGAUGCUUCUUGUGUUGUCGACUUGCUGUCGGGAAACUUAGAGGAAACUUAGCCUUGAGGAGAAGAGCCACGUGGGGUCCUCAGGCCUCUACCCAGCCCACGUCACCUGGGAAUGGGAGUGUCGGGUGGUCACGCUGGCUGACAGCCAGAAUGUGGGUCAGGAAGAAAGAACGGUGAGAGUCCAGCUGUCCAUGGUGGGAGAAGGGGGCAGCUGGGAGAGCAGGGACUAGAUUCCGAUAGGCGAUAGGGCCGAAGGAAGGGUGAUGCCUUCCCCCUCCCGCCACAACUCAGCUGGUUGCCUGGGGGCUGGGUGAGGAGGGGAGGGCUGAGGCAAGGAGGUGCUGGAUUCGGAAUGUGUUGUGAGUGAGAGAGUUGAGCCGGGGAGAGCCAGCACUGUACCCUAAGGAUUGGCUUCCUCUUCACUGCCUCUCCCACUCUAGUGCCCCUCUUAAAUUCUACAGGUAUUUUAUUGUGUGCAGGACAGAGGGCCAGGCAGCAGGGGUGGUGACCGGAGCCAAGAGAGCCCUUCAAUGACCUGGGCCUCAUCAACAGCCUGCUGCCUGUCUGGAUCCAAGCCACUGGUGGAGCUGGGCUGCCUCCAUCGCAUCCUGGAUGCAGUUUGGGAGUCGGGAAGUUCCCCCUCCCUCCUUCCCUCUAUUUCUCCCACAGGUGAAGGUGGAUGAAGCUUGGUCAUUAUAGAUUCAUCUCUCAGAAUGCUGUCAGUGUCGCCCAAACCUCCUGUGAUGGACUCAGGCAGGGGUCUGCAUGACUCCUGCCUUUCUCUGUUCAAAGCAGAGGGGUGAUUUCAGGCUGGGACUCCUGGGCUGGAACAUCCUCUCUCUAGGUGACAGGAAUGGGUGGGGUUAGCAGCCCCUUCACCCUCAUUAGGAAGCCCAUUCUUUCCAGAGGAAGACCUUCAAUACUCAGCAUGCUCGCAGUCCAAAUCCUCUGAACCCACUCAUCACCUGUGAUAAUGUCCAAUAUGUUUCCAUCCCCUCUUAGGCCUGAACCCUGGCCUGGCUGAGAUGGGAAGGGAUGGUAGGAUAAAAAGAGAAUACCUGUCCUCAGAGCUGAGUGAGAGAGAGAGAGAAACAGAGAGAGAGAGAGAGAGCCCAAACAGGAACCCUGUAGCGGGCCCUGCAGAGAGGGAUGCAGGAAAGAGAAGAGAGAGUUACUUCCCUGGAAGUCUAACUGCCCAGUGGGAGAGACAGGAUGGCAUGGAGCCAGCAUAGAGGGACAACAGAAACAUAUUCUUCUAAAGUGAUCCUUAAGUGCCAAGGAGAUUGUGGAGUAAUGACAACCUGGGGGGGGAGGGGAAGUGAUAUGGAAAGACUUCCCAGAGGAAGAAGACUGGGGGUAGAGGGCAGUGUUUUGAAGUGGGGUUUGGUAGAAAGUAGCAAAAAGGACAUCUGGUGUGGGGGAGAAAUGUUUGUGGGGAGAGCCAAGAGCUGGAAAUGAGCCAGUUGGUAUGGCAGGGGCAGGAGGGGAGGGGUAUGCAGAGAGACUAAGGGUUGAUGCGUGAAGAUCAUCCCUUGUGAGACACAGGGAGAUGCCUGUUCCAGUUACUCAACUGGAAGAGUUCCUGCCUGCCUGUCGUGGAAGGCAGAGGGGGCUGGACCUGGGUUGUCGUGGGUUAGGGGUGAGGGAAGCUGGAGAUGUUGGCAGGAAAGGGGACAGGUGUCAUCUCCCCUCCCCUGACUCUAGGAGAGAUUCUGGCUGCCCUGACUCUAACCUGGGUUUCUCUCCAGGAGAAACCAAACUGAGGAUAUUUCCCUUUGGUGGGAAGUAGAAGAAUUAACUAGGGCAUGUUCCCUGUUUGAUUUGAUCAUGUUAACCAGCGAGCAUUAGGCGAGAACUUAAUAAAUUGGACAAAAGAAUAGAAGGAAUGGUGGAGUAGAUGUCUGGGAAAAGA